GUAGCGCUGCAUGCUGGCAACUAGCAUAGUGGCAUCAGAUGUGUUGUAUACGUCAAAGGUAUGCGAAAGGAUAUUGUUGAUGAUAGACGCUUCACGAUCUGGGAUUAUUACUGUCCACGUUAUUACAAGAUAUUUUUAAAAGAAUGUCUUACCAAUUAUAUAGAAACACAACGUUAGGAAACACGUUGCAAGAGAGCCUCGACGAGCUGAUACAGUAUGGACAAAUAACGCCACAGCUUGCAAUAAAGGUAUUGCUACAAUUUGACAAAGCUAUUAAUCAAGCUCUAGCAACAAGAGUUAAGUCAAGACUUACGUUUAAGGCUGGUAAAUUAAAUACAUAUAGAUUUUGUGAUAAUGUAUGGACGUUUAUGCUAAAUGAUGUUGAAUUCCGUGAGGUUCAAGAGGUUGCGAUAGUAGAUAAAGUAAAAAUUGUAGCUUGCGAUGGAAAAACAUUGGAUGCUGAUGGAGCAGCAAAACGAUAACAAAUUUAGUAUUUUAUACAUGUAAGGAAAAUCUUUCUCAUAUUGACAAAACAAACUUGACAAAAACAAAGCAAAAAUAAGACAAAAUGUAAAAAUAAAUUUAGAUUUCUUUCUUGUAAACAUUCAACUACCGGCAGCUAGUAUAAUAUAUCAAAUUUAAGAAAAUGUGUAAUUUUUGUAACUGCAUUAAAAACCAACCAAUAC